UACCAACAAAUUGUUACAAGUGACACUCACCAACUUUUGCUGAAUGAGUUUGUUGACACCUCGACCCACCAGCCACCAUUGUCUUCCCUAUUUUUAUUGCUUCCACUUUCUUCUACAACUUUACUGGUACUAGUAUUUAUUUUCCAUUUUUCCCUAAUACAUAGUACAAGUGCUGGCAUAACUGUACAUCCAAAGCAGAAACCUAAAAAAGAGAAUGGCGACAAAGUUGUGGGCUUCAAGGGCUGCUUCAUAUCUCAGGAUCUCAACAUUUCACAGAGCUUUUGCCACUGUGCCCAAGAAUUUGAAGUAUGCAGAAUCUCAUGAAUGGGUUAAAGUUGACGGUAAUUCUGCAACAAUUGGCAUCACUGAUCAUGCUCAGGAUCAUUUAGGUGAUGUUGUCUAUGUUGAAUUUCCUGAAGUUGGGGCUUCUGUGGAACAAUUUGGCAGUUUUGGUGCUGUUGAAAGUGUCAAGGCCACCAGCGAUAUCAAUUCUCCUGUUUCAGGGAAGGUGGUGGAAUUUAAUGAGAAACUCAACGGGGAACCUGGUUUGAUCAAUGCCAACUGCUAUGAAGAUGGAUGGAUUAUAAAAGUUGAGAUGAACAAUCCCGACGAGGUCAAAUCAUUGAUGGACCCUGACCAGUAUACCAAGUUUUGUGACGAGGAAGACGCGAAGCACUGAUUUGCAACCUCACCGAAGUUGAGCAAGAAUACCAUUUCCUGCAGGAAUUUUUCACAAUGCAUAAAGAGGCUUCAUUCCUAAGCCCCGGAAGCUGGAUAGUAGUAGUGCUAUUUGGUCUUUGAUACAACAAUUGUUUACCCUGCAGUUCUUCUCUUUCUUUGCUAACUAAUAAUUCAGUGUUUUGAAUGUUGAAUUUCAUCUAUAGGUUAAAUUCAAGUUUUUUUCCCAAACACCCUUCACAAUAUUUUCAAGUCAAAGUUGAAUGUGGUAUAUGGUUUUCCUCAAUGUGGCAUUAAUGUUGAAUGGUGCUUUUAACAAUGUCCAUUUAGAUCACCUUUAAGCAA